UCUACACUGAGCUUCUCGCGUGAAAUCCCACUGUUCAUCUCCGUUUUCGUUUCCAAACCCUUCCCUAUCAAUUUAUCUACUACUUAUACAAACAACAAACGACAAACAUUCGCAUAUCGGCCUCAACCAGUUUCACAUACAACCCACUGAAUCUUUCGGCAUAUAAAUUCGAUCCACCUCGUCUCAAGAAUCUCAAGAUUACUUCGGCUGUAACAUAACAUCCGUUAUUCAAGAUGCUACCUCAACUUCUUUCUCCCGAGAUGGGAAUCACCCUUCUCAUGGGUAUUUCUAGCUUUGGUGUAGCUUUAGCUAAGCCUGUCGAGGCUCGACAAACGACUGAGACCACUAAUGCUGCUGCUGUCUCAACCGUCACUGGAUAUGCCCACCCACUGACUCUCACCCCCCUGACCACCCUCGGCGCAUACCAGACCCCCCUAUCCUACGCCUCACCCCCAACCGCCAUCACAGUCCCCACCCGCCCGGCCGCCGGCGAAGCUGCCGCCGCUACCGGCGUCCAGGCCGAAGCUGAGGACUCUUCGUCAUCUUCUUCCCCCGCUUCCACUUCUAGCUCCGCGGGCGCGGUAUGCACUUCGAUCGCGGGAGCCUACCCCACAGCCACUGUGCCUAACUUCUGCAAUCCGUCGGCACAGCUAAACGCGGCUGGCUUUGCGCCUGCGCGUACGGACUUGCCCACAGCUACUGUUACUGUAGGUGCCGUAUCCAACAAACUGGACUGUUGCGUGCAGUGCGCGGGCAUCUUCAACUGUGUCGCCUGGCGCUUCGUCCCCGUCUACACGCAGACCCCGAACGCGCACCUGCCCGGCGGCUUCGACCCCUGGGGCCGCGGCGACUGUGAGGCCGUCUACCACACCGGCGACCCGAGCAACGAGACGUCGUCCGGCGUUAUCGAGACCGCGAAGGAAAAUGAGACCGCAAGCUUGUGCCCCAAUGGCAAGGUUGGCGAGAUGCUGGUCGGUGGUGCAGGCAAUGCUACGACGAAUGGUACGGACGCUGGAAGCUGGAUGAAUCUGUACUACAAUGGCUGGAAUGAGGGCCCUUGCGCCGAGCCCGUAGCCCCGUUUGAAAGUGGUCGUGAUGCUGGGCGGGGCGAUGCAGAUGAUUUGUGUUCAUAAAAGUCUGCUACAUAAGGGCUAAUUAGCUUGAAUAUGAUAUAACAAGUAAGUUCUGGAGUUAAGUUUAUAAUCAGAUGAAAAACGAUGGUUUCCAAUUCAUUCUGCCCUUCAUGGCGUGCUGCGAAUAUGACUUCGCGCUCUGAUGUGGUAAUACACGUCUUUUCAUUACCUCCACUCUUAUCUAUUUUCAUCCAGGUGGCCUUUGCCCAAGGUCGGUUUGAUGUAGCUAACUAUGAAACUUCAUCUAAGCAUCCUAGUGUAUAAGUACAGCCAAGAUGAGUUAAUUGUCUUCGGUAUACUUAGGUAGGUACCUAUAUUAUCCUUUGAAAGCUA